UCAGUUCAAACUUAAACUGCAUUUGUUUCCCAUCUCCAUUCAUUUUGCCAUUUCCCUUUUCUUUCUCCAUUUUCUGUCUUUCACUUGCUUCCCCUCUCCCAUCAAUCUGUUCCCUUGGAUUUGAUUCGUGGAGACAGGCGAUGAAGCCUGUGGAUCUCACUCUACGGUUAACAGCGUCGACGGCAACCACAAGUGCGUGAAGCAAAUCUUUGAAAGAAAAGCCGAGAACCCCGAUAUCCUAGGAAAAAGGGAAAAAAACGAUUUCAAUCUUUGUUGCUUUUUAAUUCUCACGGCGGUGGACGAAAAUGAGCGCCUCGAGGUUCAUAAAGUGCGUCACUGUCGGCGAUGGUGCUGUCGGAAAGACCUGCUUGCUGAUUUCCUACACCAGCAACACUUUCCCUACGGACUAUGUCCCAACUGUUUUCGACAAUUUCAGUGCAAAUGUUGUCGUGGAUGGCAGCACUGUCAACUUAGGUUUAUGGGAUACUGCUGGUCAAGAGGAUUACAAUAGAUUACGACCACUGAGCUAUCGUGGGGCCGAUGUCUUUAUUCUUGCAUUUUCUCUCAUCAGCAAGGCCAGUUAUGAAAAUGUUGCCAAGAAGUGGAUUCCUGAACUAAAGCAUUAUGCACCUGGUGUUCCGAUAGUUCUUGUCGGAACUAAGCUUGAUCUCCGUGAUGAUCAUAAUUUCUUAACAGACCAUCCUAACGCAGUGCCCAUUUCUGCAGCUCAAGGAGAGGAAUUAAAGAAACAAAUUGGGGCUCCUGCAUACAUAGAGUGUAGCUCAAAGACCCAGCAGAAUGUGAAGGGAGUCUUUGAUGCAGCCAUUAAGGUAGUGCUCCAACCUCCGAAUAAAAACAAGAAGAAAAAGUCAGGUGGUUGCUCGAUAUUGUGAACAGUCAAGUCCAAGAAAGAUGGAUCCACCUGCCAUUUUUGUUUUCUAAUUCAAGGAAACAGCAAGCCAUCAUGUUUAGUCUCAAGUCGCAACCCGACUUUCUAAGGGUUUCUGUGAAAGCAUCAGGUGAUUUUGUUUCGUGUUUUACUCGGUAUAAUUAUGAUGACAAGCAUUCCUUGUUAAUAUGCUCGUCUCUUCUGCUUUUCAUGUUUAAACUUUUUUUUGGCAUUAUGUUUAUUUUUAAAGCAUUUUAUUUAAUUCUGAAUAUUAUUAAUUCCUUGAGUCAGAGAAUUUAGAUUCAGUGUCUUGUGAUUUUUAA